CCUGCGCGGCGGUUUCAAGCUCCCCCGCCCGAGCGCCGCUGCCGGGUUUGCGGCCGCUGCUCCGGGCCGGGGCCGGCGGGGUGGCCGUGGCUAUGGGGCGCUGCGCCGGCCGCGCUCGCUGACGGGCGUGCACAGGCGAACCCGGCCGCAGCAUGUACGCCAAGGGGAAGGGCUCCGCCGUGCCCUCGGACAGCCAGGCCCGGGAGAAGCUGGCGUUGUACGUGUACGAGUACCUGCUGCACGUGGGAGCCCAGAAAUCUGCACAGACCUUCCUCUCGGAGAUCCGAUGGGAGAAGAACAUCACACUAGGGGAGCCCCCAGGUUUCCUGCACUCCUGGUGGUGUGUGUUCUGGGACCUGUACUGCGCGGCGCCGGACCGCCGGGAGACGUGUGAGCACUCCAGCGAAGCCAAGGCCUUUCACGACUAUAGUGCCGCGGCGGCCCCCAGCCCCGUGAUGGGGAACAUGCCCCCGAACGACGGCAUGCCAGGAGGACCCAUGCCACCCGGUUUCUUUCAGGGACCUCCGGGCUCUCAGCCAUCACCGCACGCACAGCCUCCGCCCCACAACCCCGCCGCCCCCAUGCUGGGGCCCCACAGCCAGCCUUUCAUGUCCCCUCGCUACCCCGGCGGCCCCCGGCCUUCGCUCCGCAUGCCAAACCAGCCGCCUGUGGGGGUCCCGGGUUCCCAGCCGCUGCUGCCCAACACCAUGGACCCCAGCACGAGAUCACAGGGGCAUCCGAAUAUGGGGGGCCCGAUGCAGCGGAUGAACCCCCCGCGAGGCAUGGCGGGGAUGGCUCCUCAGAACUACGGCAGCGGGAUGCGGCCCCCACCCAACUCGCUGGGCGGCCCCGGCAUGCCCACCAUGAACAUGGGCCCAGGAGGGCGAGCGCCGUGGCCAAACCCCAACACCAACUCCAUCGCGUACUCCUCCUCGUCACCCGGGAGCUACGUGGGCCCUCCAGGAGGCGGCGGCCCCCCCGGAACCCCCAUCAUGCCCAGCCCAGGAGUUCCCCAUGGGGCCUGGCCCCGAUGGGCCCAUGGGAGGCAUGAACACCAUGGAGCCCCAUCACAUGAACGGAUCCUUAGGCUCUGGCGACAUGGACGGGCUGCCAAAGAGCUCGCCGAGUAACAUGGCGGGGCUGAGCAACCCGCCCGGGACUCCGCGGGACGACGGCGAGAUGGGCGGCACCUUCUUAAACCCCUUCCAAAGCGACAGUUACUCGCCCAGCAUGACAAUGAGCGUGUGAUCGGCUCGGACGUCCCGGCGCAGAGAGCCAGACGCCCCCGCGGUUCUAAACUCUAUUUAAAACACCCGCAGGAACUGGCCGCCUGCCCUCCUGCCAGCACCCCCCCGUUUCCCCCUCCACCUGGGGCACAGUCCCCCCCUGCACUCUAUUGGCACACAGCACCCCCUUCCCCCACGCCCUGGCCCUGCCCUCCCCCUGCACCAG